GUCAAAGGAGCACUCGAGAAGAUGGGCCUCUACUGAAUACCAAGAAGGUUACAAUUGUUAGGACAACAAUGCAACGUUUCUUUUCACUGUUGUGUAGCUAGAAUUGUUAAAAAAAGAAAGAAAUGGCGAUGACAAUAGCGGCGAAGAGAAAGAAAUGGGCUCGCACUGUGGGCAGGAAAGGGAGUGUUGCGAGCCCCCCUCCCGCCAGUGGUGGCGGCCUCCCAGUCGGGCUGGCACGGGCUUCCGGCUCUUCCCACGAUUUUCCUCUCCCUUCUCACGCAGCGGUUUUUUUCUCUCAUUCGUGAGUGCUUAUCACGUCACAGCGAGGCGUAGGGAAUGUGUCACAGGACAGCACACACUGCGCCGCUUACCACAGUGGUGCGCUGAGCCAGGGAUAUUAAAUUCUCUCGUUAUGCUGCGUAUAUAAAAGUGGCAAAGUCGCACACCAGACUCCAAGUUUCGGACGCUUUUCCCUUCUGA